AUGAUUUGUUCAGCAGACACACUAGAUGAAGAAUUACGCUUCAUCCGUCAAACGCUUCGAGACAAUGGUUAUUUGGAAACGUUUACUGACAAGAAUAUUCUACUCUCUCCGGAAAAGGAAUGUCACCAACUGCGAUGGUUAAGUCAAGGAAAGACCGGCUGUAUCUCAAGUGUGAUCGUGGGUCAUCUCGUAGACAUCAGACAUCAGAUCAAACCGGAGAAAGCUUUCGAUGCUGUUUAUCGCUUCCCUCCCAAUCGAUCGAAGGAGGCCCGAAUUUGA